AUGGACGCGCUGCGGAGGACGCAGCUGCACCCGGCGAUCGUGAGCGCGAGCGAGCGGGCGCGGAGACGGGCGGCGACGCGAGCGAAGGAGGAGGAGACGCGCGCGAGGCGGUUCGCGGCGAACGCCGCCGCGGGGGGCGGCGGCGGCGGCGGCGGGGGCGGCGGGGAAGAUGGAACGUCAACCGUCGCGCCGACGUCGCCGUCGAGGCUCGGGGGGGUCCACCCGGACGCGGCGACGAGCGCGACGACGACGAGCGCGACGACGAGCGCGACGACGACGCCGGCGGCGCCUUCUCCGGCGCCGCUCCGUCGCACGCUGCUCGACUGCGUCCCCGAGGAGAGAGUCCGGAGGUGGGCCGCGGAUUGCGCGCGGUCGCACGAGACGUUCGCCGCGAAGACGCGAGACCUCUCCGCGACGUUCAGGACCCUUCAGGACUCGGUGGAGGGCAUGUUUGCGACCGCGCCGGACGUCGACGUCGGCGCGCUCGAGGAGGAGCUCGGCCGCGCGCGCGCGCUCGUCGACCGCGGCGACGCCGCCGUCGCGGCUCUCGAGUCCGACCUCCGAUUCGUCACGAAGCUCGUGGAGGAGAAGGUGCGCGAACUCGCGAACGGGAAUAAUAACGCGCCGCCGGGGGACGACGCGCGCGAUACUUUAGAUCCGAUGCGCGACGCGCACGUCGAGACGCUCGCGACGCUCGAGGCGGACGACGCGACGACCGCGGCGUUCCACGAGCACGCGCACGCGUGUAAAGUCGCGAUGAGCGCGUGCGCGCAUCGGCAGCUGCGGUCGAUAUCCGCGAUGCAGAUCAGCAUCCGCGACAUGCGGAAUAAGCAGGUCGCGUUCACGGAAGUCGCCGCGAGGCAAGAGAACGCGUUCAGGGAGCUGCGGGUCGCGCGAAGACUGCCGCGCGUGUACGCGGCGUCGCUCGCGGAGGUGGCGCGGCGACGCGCGCGCGCGGAGGAAUUCGCGUCGCGCGCGUCGGCGCUCUCCGACGCCAUGCGUCGGCGUCGCGAGCGCGAGAUGGCGACGCGCGAGACGUUCGCGCGCGCGACGGCGCGAUACCUCCCGUCCGACGUCGUGGAAGCGCUCGGGUUGAACUCGCCGGCGCCGGCGUGCGUCGUCAGGGUGACGAGCGGCGGCGGCGGCGGGGAGGACCGCGGGGAGGCGGCGACGGCGACGGCGACGCCGUUGGCGAUCGUCACGGAGGACGACCUGCGGAGGCUCGGGAAGGACGCGCUUCUGGGGACGCGCGCGAGCGGGAGCGGCGCGCUGUCUCUGUCUGGGGAACGGUCGUCGUCGUCGGUCGUCGUCGACGUGGAGACGGUCGCGAGGUCGACGGCGUCGAUUGACGUCGCGGACGACGACGACGACGACGACGACGACGACGACGACGACGAUGAUGAUGCCGCGCGUCGCGACCGUCGCGACGUCUUCCUCGAGAACGCGCGCCUCCGCGCGGACCUCGCCGCGCACGUCGCGACGCUCGCGACGAUGGACCCGAACCGUCGCGGCGGCGGUGACGUUUCGUCUUCACCGCCCUCACCGCUUUCUUCGGCGCGAGACGAGGUCGCGACGGCGUUGAAGCUGAGGGACGACGAAGCCGCGGCGUUGAGAGCCGAGGUCGAGACGCUUCGAUCCGCGGUGGCCGCGCGCGACGCGCGCGUGCAGUCGUUGCGCGAGAAAAUGAACGCGAUGGGGAGUUCGGUCGGGGAGUAG